AUGGCAACAGGGACAGGACAGCUCGAUUUUGGCCCGCCGGCCAUCAAUAUUUCAAUGCCGACCAAGGACCCCAUCGUCUUGUGUUAUCACUGCCUGUUUGGUGUCACUGGACAUCAAGGCAAUUACGGCGAGGACAUUAAAGAGCUCUACUACUACCAUGACUCAACUCCUUCCCACUCGUACAUGAGAUUCCUUUACAAAUACCCUCAACGCCGCUACCUGUAUAAGGAACUGGUCACCAAGAACCAAAAUCGUAGUCGUGACAUUGCUGAGUAUGAGAUUCUUGACUCAGAUGCAUUUGAUGAAGAUAGGUACUGGGAUGUCUUCAUGGAGCCUCUGAUGCCUUCCUUGACUGCUCAUAAUCGCAGUGGCAUCGAUUACAUCACUGCCAAACAUCCAGACCAACCUAAAACCCACCUCUAUUGUCCUCCUUCUCUCCCACCGGUUGGUCCAGAUGGCAAUUUUGAUGUUGAUCCCGAGACAGAAACCGUUGAACCAGAAUUGCUAUUUACCGAGAACAACACCAACUUUAGUCGCCUGUACAGAGGGAGUGGUACCAUGAAGCCCGACGGUCAACUUCCCGCCUACAAGUGGAACUUUGGCGAUGUGAACCCACCUGUACACGCCUGGGCCACUUUCCGAGUCUUCAAAAUCGAACGAAAACUUUAUGAUCGCGAAGAUCUUGAAUUCUUGGAAAGAGUAUUUCAAAAGCUGUUAUUGAAUUUCACCUGGUGGGAAACUUGCGUCAAGCCAGAUGGUACCGCUUGGAUGGCUUUCUAUUGUUUAAACAUGCUUAAUAUUGCCCUUGAACUCGCUAAACACAACCACGUGUAUGAAGCUUUUUCAGCUGGUGAUAACGAAUCAAGUCUGUGGAACGAAGAAGACGGAAUGUACUACGAUGCGAUUUCAUUUGGUCCCGGCAACACCAUGCAGUUGCCUGUUCGCAGUCUCGUCGGCUUAAUUCCUCUAUAUGCGACAAUGGUCUUGGAGCCUUCGGUUCUGAAAUGCUUGCCCGGAUUCAAGAAACGUAUGGAAUGGUUCAUUGACAAUCGACCGGGGGUUCCGGACAGGAACAUCGCCAAUAUGAAAGUCGGAGGAAGGGAUCAGCGUCGAUUGUUGGUGCUGGCUAGCAAAGAACGUCUAGUCAGUCUUGCAGAAGAUGCUUGA